UCCGCUUGAGGUCGCUGUAAUCCUUCACUCGCCUUGAAUCAGCGGUAUUUGAAUUAAAAGCCGUUUGAAGUGUACGGAUUGACAUUUUUAAUCAAUUUUACCGGAUUUUUAUGCCGACAGAUCUUUAACUUCUCAUCUAAGCAGCUCGUCUCCUUUGGCACGCUGGCGUUUCCCUGCUUCGAUGGCUCCUACCUGCCCAAGCAAGAGAGUGAAUUUGUUCACAAAGUCCUUGAGGAGCUCGAUGCCUUCCAGCAGAGAGAUAAUCAGAAAAGCGUCAUACUCUUCCCACCCUUGCCGAGUCGACUCCGGUUUCUGAUCCAUAAGACGGCAGAGAACUUCCCAGAGCUGAGCACUUUCUCCGUGGGUGAGGCGUGGUGCCGCAGACUGGCCGUCUGCUUCUCAGAGCUCAGGUUGCCGGUGGAGGAGUGCAGCAGUGACACGGACGGGAACGUGUAUCAGCAGCCUUAUGUUAGAAGCAGAAGGAUGGAGAGAAAAUCUCGACCGGCUUUCGGCAGGGGAAGCAGACGACCGGACAAAGCCAUUUACGUCCCCCGCGCUCUGAGGCAGUCUGAGUACGAGGCGAGUCUCAGCUCCUCCAGCUGCUCUCUCAGCCUCAGUGUCUCAGAGGAGUAUAGUUCUGACAACUCGGACCCUCCACCAGCCAAUCACACGCCAGGAACCGACAGCGCAGACGAAUCUGUUGGCGAGCAGGACCCAGCAGCACACACUGCAGGGGCGGAGCCUGUGGACUGCGAUCAAGCUCUGUCCUAUUUCAUGGCGAUGACUCUGGAGGAGGAAAGGAGCAGCGAUGAUAUCUCACAAACAAGCACGGCCUGGCCGAACACAGAGGAGACCGACGACUACCACCAAGAGAUCAUGGCCCAUUUGAAGGAGGAAGCGUCAGCGAUAGAACAUACGCAGAGCGAUUUCUCCAGCUUCGAGAACGUGUGGAUCGAUCACAACGAGUUUGCCCACGUCAUCGAGAUCUACGACUUCCCGUCCAUGUUCAAAACCGACGACCUGCUGGACGCUUUCUCAGAGUACAGUGAAGGAGGGUUGAAGAUCAAGUGGGUGGAUAACACUCACGCUCUCGGCAUCUUUUCCAGCGCAUCAGCAGCGCUGCAGGCUCUGUCCAUCAGACACCCGCUUCUGAAGACGAGGACGCUCUCCAAGGCCAGUAAAAAAGCGAAAGGCAAAGCAGCAAGACGUGCAGAGUUCCUGCAGCCGGUGAAGGAGCGGCCACGCACCGAUACAGCCGUAGCCCGCAGGAUGGUGACCAGAGCUCUGGGUCUGAGAGGUAAACGCUACUGAACAGCAGUAUGUCACAAGCUUGUUUGUUGAAUUGAUGAUGAUGAUGGAUCAGUGCCCUUGUUCAAACCUGGCAACCCACAAGUUGUAUAAGUGUUUUAUUUUAUUUUUGUUAAUCCCCCAUAGUGUCACAUCACUAACCACUUCAGCACCAGUGCAACAGUAUGAGAAUAUUGAGUCUGCCUCCUGCUCAGAUGAAAUGAAUUGACACGUUUUUUCCAUCACAUGCUGUUUGUCUGUUUAUCUGUACACCCUGAGAGUGGUGAACUGGGUCUGGUUUGAGUGCGGAAAGAAAUUUCUGGAAACAGUCCUAGACACAAUAGCAUUAUUCAUCUUUAUUUUCCAUGUACAACCUGUAAGAACGCAACGUUUCCAGAUGUUGUCCAAAGUCUCUGUUAAUACCUUGUGUCAUUUAUCUAAUAAAAGGUUUCUUUUUUUU